AUGGACGGAGCACCACCACAACAACAGCCACGGCAGCAGCAGGACCAGUGGGAGGAGCGUGUGCGGACUCCUCCACAACAGAAAUCAUCGCCACUGGGGGAGGAUGCGACGCUAGCAGCAGUCAUCGCGGAGGAUGGGGUCAACGCACGCCGGCGCUCCUUGGUGGCACAAGUCACCUCCACCAUCUCUUCUUCCUUUCACUUUCUGGCCAAGGAAGCGUUACCUCGUAGCUCCGGUGCGCAGCGCACUCUUAACCACGGCACAAACAGCUGUACCAGAAAGGCAAGCCCCCGCCCCGAUGAACCACCGCUCACGCACGCGCGCCCGCCUGCCUCGCGGGAAGAGGUCGAAGGGCAGCUGGACAAAGUUCUUUACGCGAUCGGCCAACUUCAACAGCUGCAGCAGCGCGGCCGCUACAUCGCCAGCACCGAAGUGAAAAACCUCCGCCGGGCGUUCCUCUUCGCUGUUGGUGAGGAGCAGCGCUAUCAAGACGCUGUAGCAGCGCAUGGAAAGGCGUGUGUGUGCUCCUCAACAUCCACCAUGCCGCCCCUGCCUGCGCAGCGCACCCCACCCAAGGCAGCCAUCCCCACGGCGGGCCCCACCGCCACCGGAGCAGCGCCAUGGGACGGCCAAAGAAUGCCAUCCCUUGAUGGCCCAGGUGAAAAUGUAGUCGCGGAUGCAGCAGAGAUCGCUCAACCCACAGAAGGAAAGCGGGAGUAUAGCCCAAAGGCGACGGCAGCUGACAGGCUACUCGCUGCGCUGGAGCGGUACGUUGACAAGACCCCGUCCUCUACCUCCUUCGAUGUUAGCGGCGCGAGCUUCUCGUGGGGCAGCGUCAUCCACACCCCCGGCGAGCGGCGGCUGCAGUCACUUACGGUAUCCAUCUUCACCUUCUUCACGGGCAUCCCCAUCUGCAUCGCCAUCACUGCGCUGCUCCUGCUCUCGCGCUACACGGCGCCCCUGAUGGUGCUGUACUUCCUCUGGAUCUUCACCUUCGGGCGGCCCAGCCACCCGUUGUAUAAAAGCCCAACGUUCCUACGCCUCUUCUUCUGGCGCCACUACUGCGACUACUUCCCCGUGCGCCUCAUCAUUCCUAAGCCGGUUCGGCGUCUCUUCGACAGGGAGGGGAACUACUUUUUCGUGUACCACCCGCAUGGCAUUCACUCGUUUGGGGCGAUCAUCAACUUCGGGCUCGACCAGAACGACGCAUCGAAGAUGCUUAACGGCAUCACAAUCCACCUGCAGACCCUCGGAAUUAACCUUUACAUCCCUCUAUGGCGCCAACUUGCCAUCUGGGCAGGGUGCGGUGACGCCAGUGCAUCCUGCAUCCGCAAGACACUCCGGUCCGGUCCAGGGCAGAGCGUCAUGCUCGUCGUCGGUGGGGCGGAGGAGUCGCUCAUGGCAAAGCCGAACCGCAACGACCUGCUCCUGUUCAAGCGCAAAGGCUUCAUCAAGAUCGCGCUGCAGGAGGGGACACCGCUGGUGCCAGUGUACGGCUUCGGUGAAAAUAACGUGUACGGCGUGCCGGUGCUGGCCGACGAGCCGUGGAUGCGGUACCUGAUGGAUCUAUUUAAGCACUUCGUCGGUUUUGCCAUCCCGCUGGUGUGCGGCCGCGGCUUCUUCAACUUCAAUUAUGGACCGCUGCCGCAUCGCCGCCCGAUAGUGGUGGUGGUCGGAGAGCCGUUGGUAGUCCCGCACAUUCCUAACCCAACAACGGAGGAUUUGGAGGUCUGGCAGGGCAAGUAUAUCGAGUGUCUCCGAAAGCUGUACAACGACCACCGUGGCAUCUACGACUUGGAGUCGACCGGGUUGCGCAUCAUGCAGUGA